UGCCAAAGCUCCACCCUCCCUGAAGCACCGCCCCCUUCCCAUCAGGAAGUGCAGCAAGGAAAUCACCUUUGUGUCUCAUUCAGUCCAGAACCAGCAGCUCCCACUGCAGAUAUGUUACCUCUCUGCCGCCUGCUCUCCCGCCGUGCCCAGGUCCCCUCACACCUGAUUCGCUGUCUUUCCGACUCCCGGCCCCCCUUCCGCAUCCAACGGCUGGACCACCUGGUACUGACCGUGCGUAACUUGGACAAAACCAUCAAGUUCUACACUAAGGUGCUGGGCAUGGAAGCCACAACCUUCAAGGGAGGCAGGAAGGCUCUGAGCUUUGGAAUACAAAAGAUUAAUCUGCAUGAGACUGGGAAAGAGUUUGAACCGAAAGCCUCUCUCCCCACCCCGGGAUCUGCUGACCUGUGUCUGAUCACUGAGACUCCACUCACCACUGUGGUGCAACACCUAAAGGUGUGCGGGGUGCCUAUAGAAGAGGGGCCGGUGAGCCGGACAGGUGCUGUUGGAGAGAUCACAUCGGUUUAUUUGCGGGACCCUGACCACAAUCUGAUAGAGGUGUCAAACUAUGAGUCGAAUGAUAAGAAGAACUGAUCAUUCCUAUGGGGCCGGCCCUGAGACAGCCACAAUGGCUUCCCUGAACUGUAAUGGUUAAAUAAGAACUCACGGCAAAGUCAUUAGAUCUAUCAUUCAAUAUUCUGUAUAGACCGACACUAUUCACAGUUGCUUGGUUCACCAACCCAUAGCAACCAGUCAAAUUAACUGCUGAUUGGUUCUUAUGAGUUACAGCUUUAUGGGAGCUUGGCCAAUACACUAUUACAGGGCUAGGCUUAAGGUCCUUGCUUCUUAUUCUUAGGGCUUGGAGAGAACAACGAUGCACAAAAGGGGUUUGGGGUACAGUGGAGCAAUGGUGCUAAUAAUAAAUGUUAUGCAGAUGCUCAUUGGCUAUUCCGGCCUCUAAACUGAACAAUCCAUAAAGGGGAAGUUCACCUUACAAUUUUUCACCUUCACAAUAUAUUUUAAAGCAAAAUAUUCUUAAGAAUUUUGCAGUUGGUCUUCAUUUUGCAAUUAGAAUGCUCACACACAUUCAUGCUUAUGUAACACUUUAGAUCUCAGGCUUUGGAGGCAAUAAACCAGUGCUUUGGGUUAUACCAGACUGCUGAGUGUCAUUCAUACAAUAUAAAGAUUUGUUAUUGCUGCGAGUCACCGAUCGUUGGCAUUUUGUACCUUGGAUAAAGUCAGUACAAAAAUGCAAAUAAUGUAAAAAUCACCAAAAAUAAAUGAUGACCAACUGCAAACCUGGAUUUACAUUAUACUGACGUUAUGGGAGACUUUCCCCUUUAGUAUCGUGUUCCAGGGUGUAGUAGAGCUGUGCACACUUAUUCCUGCCACGGAACACAUGAAAUGCAAAUAUUUGUGCCUGUUUCCAACUUUGCAAUAAAUUAGUAUUUUGCAA